AUGAAUCCUGCAUUCAGAACUCUAGAGUUGCGAGGCUUUCUCCCACUAUUCCAAGGUGUUGCUUCACGCAUGACUAGCGCAUGGAAAGAUCAGAUCCAGAGUGGCGACAACAAGAUCAAUGUGACUCCUUGGUUGGCUCGGACCGCUCUAGAUGCCAUUGGGGGCGCGGCGUUUAAUUACCAAUUCGGUGCUUUAGACAAUGCACAGAACGAGCUACGCAUGUGUCUGGACAACCUCUUUUGCGAUACCCUCCCCUCUCGCCCGAACUGGGACAUCCUGUUCAAGGCUUUGUGGCGCUACAUCCCGCUACCCAUCCUCCAGCUCGUUGAGUAUAUGCCAACAAAAGAGUAUCGUCGCUUCCGACAAUUCAGGAACGUGUGCCGGAGCGUCGCCAAGCAAUUGAUCACACAUAAUGCCUCGAAGAUGGAUACUUUCCCGGAGGUUAAACCUAAACGUGAUUUGAUGAAUGUUUUGGUUCGGGCCAACGCCUCCGAAGACCCUAAACGUCAACUUGACGAAGAUGAAGUCUUGUCGCAGAUGGGGACGAUUAUCUUGGCUGGGCACGAUACCGUCGCCUUUACGCUCAGCUGGAUGCUAUACGAGCUCGCAAAACAUCCGGAUGACCAAAAGAGAUUGAGGGAUGAAAUUCGGGCACUCAGAACACAGAUUCCAGCCAAUACAACCUUCACCACUGCGGACCUAGAAUCUCUGCCAUUCACAAAUGCCGUGAUUAAGGAGGCCAUGCGUCUGCACCCCAUUCUUCCUACUUUGAAUCGCACGGCAGAGCGAGAUGAUACAAUCCCUUUGGCCUUACCCGUAGUUGCCGCUGACGGACGAAUCGUCAAGGAACUGUCUGUGAAAAGGGGGCAGGACUUCGUGAUAUCUGUGAGCGGGUACAAUAGAGUUUCAUCCGUCUGGGGGGAUGAUGCAGGGUGUCUCACCGACGAGUCGUGA